AUGUCUAUGCUCAAAGAGAUUCGUUCUCAAAGUCCUCAAGUGAUUAGGACAGAUGCCAGGAACGUAUCGAUCGAUUCCAACAACACGUCCAUUGAUGCUGACAAUACAUUCAUGUCUCAACAGUCGCAUCAGUCCGCCAAAUACAGCUUGGAUCUUCCUAAUUUAUCCACUACCUCUUCUACAGAGCCUUUACAAGUGCCUAUCAUUCCUUCACCGAACGGCAAGAAGUCUCUUGAUGACUCCAAUGCUUUCCUGGUUCGACAGAAUCGUCAUAUCUCUGGACCACGCAAUUAUUCAAUACAUCGAAAACGGGUGGCUUUUGAUUCUGAGCCUUCGAAAAUUCAUACAUACCAUCAGCAACCUGUCAAUGGUGACACGACGAUUCAACAUGCCGAUGUCAGGUGGAACACGGUUCCAGUGAUUCGGAGUGCUAACUCGCAAAUUGUGAAGCAGAUUCCUCAGACUCAUAAACCUUUACCUUCAAUUAAACCCUCAGAGUCCAAUUACUCCAUCAAAUCCAUGCCUAACAUGGAAGCCGGUCUAAUUGCCAAUCCACUGUUCUCCACAGGAGAUAGCAUAAAGAAGAGAAAGAAGAAGAAAAAGACUGUAUUCAAUCACAUCACGUCAGAAAAUUGUCCCAACCUAGCCUAUGAUCAUAUUGAGUACAUGGAGCAGGUCAAAAGAGGUGAGUUGAAAGAGUCUCAAGACGUCAGAGAGAACAAACAGUAUCGUGCAAGGGUUAAAGAAAGCAUUUUACCCGGUUCUCGUUUUGGGAGACCCUCUGAGCGUACGGUAGAUGAUGCCAUUAAUGAUUUGGGUGAUUUGUAUGAGACCAACAUUCGUAAUACUGAUGGUAAUACGUUGAACUUGAGGCGUAUCGCUUCUGUUAAAUCCACUAAAAGUAUCAGCGCUGCAGAUAGAAAGUUGAAGACGACCAUUGUGAACAGAAGGAUGCGAAGUUUAGAUCUAAGGGAAGGUAUUCAGGGAUUUACCGAUGAUGAUGUUAGGGAAAUCAUUGCCAAACAAUCAAAGGACAACGACAUCGCUGAUAGUAACAUCAAUACUCAUUCUACGGCUCCCCGGUUGAGCAACGUGGUGGGUAAUUUCACGAAAUCAUUUCCUGGAGAGAACAAGCCCGAGAACACCGAUGCUGAAAGGUCCCAUAUGACAAAACGGGAGCGUAGAAGCAUCUCUGCUCGUAGUACCUCAACUAUUAUGACUAAUGAGUCUGACUUCGUCUCUGCCACAGAGGGAGAGAGCGAGGAUGAUGAUAAUAUUCAUGAAUUCAGUUCAGAAAACUCGAGUGAGAAGAUAGCCGAUUCAGUUGAUGAUAUCGAAGAUGACACUGAAAGAGAUGAUACUGUGAAUGAGGAGGUGGAGGAAGAGCCCGACAAUGCUACUGUACACGAGAAAGUGAUAGUUGUCGAUGCUCCAGUGAUCUUGAGCAAAGCUUCUGUGAUCGCUACACCAGCACAUGACUCUGCCACCUCUUCUCGUAAUGUCUCCUCGUCCACUAAUUCAUCAUUUGCCCCAGAUAAGUUUGUUCUUGAAGUGCCUCAGUUCGAUCAGGAAGAGCCCGUAAGUGACCUUCAGUCCUUCAAAUAUGAUCCUAACUUUCCUAUGUUGACCUCUGAUGUCGAGGUCAUCUCCAAGCUUCGCUUGAAAAAAACACGGGAUCGGAGAAAUGGUUCCGAGCUGUCACGAAGAGGAGAUGUUUUAGAUAUCUGGUCAAGACAAGAUUCCUUCCGUAGGGUUAGCAGUCACUCUGAUGACUUUGAGCCAAUUUCUCCGCCUUCAGAGUCUCGGUUUAUUGUCCAUACCAAGUCUCCAAAGGUUGUUCAAGUGGUUCCAUCCCAGCGUCUAUCAUGGUCUGGAGUUGACUCUGCAGUCUAUGGACCAAAGACAUGGGCUGAGAGAAGAAAGGACGUCAAGGAUGAAGAGGAGCAUGAGGUUGUAACUGAAGAAGAGGUUGAUGAGAAUAAACCAGCUGCUGAACCUGAACCAGCGGCUGAACCUGAACCUGAACCUGAACCAGCGGCUGUCGAAGAGACUACGGAAAGAGAUUCACCACCUCCAGUGGAAGAUUCGAUCGAUAUGGAAACCUACCUAGAUCAUCAUAUUUCAAUUGAUGACGAUUCGUUCCUGAAAGACGCUUUUUUUUGGAAUCCGGAUGCUGAUGAUAGGGUGGCCUCUGAGGAUAAGCAUAGAGAGUCGGAUCAGACAGAUAGGGAGGUAUCCAAGCUAUGGAGAGACGGUACACUUUCUAAGAAAACGAAGGUCAUGUCACAUUCGGCAAGUAACAGUGUUAAUUUUGCGCACCUCUCUGUUGAUGAGAUGGAGAAGUUCAUGAUUCGAAAGAGACUUGCUAGUGAAGACUUUGAGAUCAAAACUGUCAAUGCCACGGCUGAAAUUGGAAGUUAUGUUCCUCUUCAGUGUGAACAAAGGGGUCAGAUGAUUGAUCCGCAUUUUACUCAAGACGAGGCUUCCGUGAUGGUUUCUGAUUUGGCCAUCCCGGGGGGAAUAAACGAUGGUAGUUCUUUAUCUGAAUUUGAGACGUCUCCAGAAGCUAAAGAGAAUAUGGAUCUGUUUGCCGAUGAUAUCAACCCUGACACUUUCAAAGGAAAGCUUAUGCCGGUUAGAAAAGGCGAUCCUGUGCUAUUAAAAGAGGUUGAAAUGAAGCCACAAACUAGUACUUUAGGAUCCAGUGACUCUCAGGCUCUGUUUGAAGGUGCCACCAUCUCUGAUCAGAGAAACGAGAUUAUAAAGGUGGAAUCGGAGCCUGAGCAAGCACCAAAACAGGAUGAACACAAGACUGAGGGAGUAAAUGCUUCUUCUGAGUUGAUUGAUGGAGAACAAGGUCGUAUGUUUAUCCGUAUUUUCAACAUGCAUAGCUUGAAUUUCCCUGAUAUCUCACGAAGACAAGCGAAAUUUCAGCUUGUUAUUGAUAACGGAUUGCACGUUCUGACGACGCAUUACUUUGACAUAGGAGACCAAGCAAGCAUUCCGAUUGACAAGGAGUUCGAGUUUAUCGUGGCAAAGCAGUUAGAUAUCAUUAUAACUCUAAAGCUGCGUUACCAGAAGCUGAACGACACACUUGUAGAGGUGAAAGAGAGAAAGAUGGUCAAAUCCAAGAAUUUCUUUGCCAGGUUGUUUGGUAUGAAGAGUAUUGUGACAACCACGAAGUACGUGAAUCAUCCUGCGAAGUUCGAUCCGUUGGGCAAAAUUGUGGCCACGGAUGGUUCUUUCUCGAAGAUAAGGAUCAAUUUCGAUGAUUACAAGAGUCAGAUAGUCUGUCGUCCUCUCAAUUUCAAUCUGAAUGGGUUUAAUGAGUGGAAUAUGAAGAAAAGUGGUAAGGGUGACUCUAUGAAGCCUCAACCAUUCCGUAUUUGCUCUCUUGGAGUUCAAAUGCUCUUCAUUCCAAGGAGAUCUCAGUAUGAGGUACUCCCAGUUAGUAUUAAGAAUGCUGUAUCGCAGGUUAGAGAAGUUAACAAGGUGAUGGAAUAUGAACAUAAGGGAUAUAUGUUCCAGGAAGGAGGAGACCUUGAUAUUUGGACGAGGCGAUUCUUCAAGUUGAAGGGCUACGAGUUGUUCGCUUACAAUGAUGACACGAUGAAGUUGAAGGCCAAGAUCAACCUUAAAAGGGUAGUUGAGAUUAUUUACCCUGAGAAGCAAUCGGCUAUUUAUCCCCCAGAGGAAGAAGGUUUGGAUAACAGAGUCAUUAGCGAAACAUUAAUUCUCAAUGACGGCUAUAAGCUACGGUUCUCCAAUGAAGAGACUAUCGAUUUCGGCUGUGAUUCCAGAGAAGACAGAGACGAGUGGAUCCAACUACUCGAAGAGGUUAUUCUUAAGAACAACUUUCGCAGACAGCCGUGGGUUAAAGAGAUGUCAAGAGUAAUCAAGAAGUCCAUAGAGAUCUGA